AUGGCCACAGCCAACCCAGAUUUCCUCGCCCUCUGCCGGAACGAGGCCGUACAAACAGGUCUCAUCUCGCACCUGGACACACCCACCCUCUGCGCCCUGCGCCUCGUAUCCUCAGAAUGCAGCGACCUCACCACCGCACCUCUCUUCGCCCGAACCCGCUUGACCUUCACCCCCAGCUCCCUCACGCGCCCAUCCCGUCUCGAGGCCUUGUCCCGGGUGGGGCGCUAUAUUCAGCACCUCACGUUCUCCAUGUCGCACACACCGGCCACCUUCCUCCCACCCCUCGUAAACCCUUCCACAGGCCGAGAAGUUAACUUCCUCUACACGCCUCACACUUCCGGUGCCUCAGUCUGCCAGCGCCCGAAGUACGGAUCGCCUGAGCUAGGCGAUCUCCUCACACAGCAAUACCCUCCCAUCUUCCACGCCGCGACAAAUGUCCCGGCAUUCGUCAAGGCAAUGACUUAUAUGCCCAAUCUCCGCCAUCUCACAAUCUCCUGUCCCGACCAAGACCCAGUGCAGAGGUACAGGAGAGACGCAGUCGAUUACGCGCUCAUCAGCUUGCGCAUCGCUAUUGAACGAGCCCCUGUCGAACGGCUUGCGAAGCUCUCGCUCAAAAACAUUCACCCCUCCGGCCUCGUGUACCUCCGCCACAUGCCUGGUUUCGGAUGCACGCCUUCGGCCGGACGACGGUGGAGGCAGAUCAAGAAGCUCAGCAUCACGAUGGACGCCUGGGACUUCUACGGGGCGCGGCCUGGUCGCGACCAUCUGAAGAUUCUGGAUGAUUACAUCCGCGCUUUCUCGGCUAACCUCGAGAAAGUGAGCUUUGGGUGGAGUGGACAGAGAGGACCUUGUCCUCUCACAUUGUUCACUGAUCCGUUGUUUGCGCCGCCGAGGACCACGAAGCUGUUUGCUGAGGUGACCUCGCCCAUGUCGCCAUUACCAGCUGCGCCGCUUCGCCCGGCAAUAACGUUCCCGAAGCUCAAGUACAUGCAGAUACGCAACGCCAGCAUGUCAACAGAGCAAGUGUCGAACUUUGUGCUUGGGCAUCGACAUACAGUCCGCGAAUUUGACUUCGAGAACGUGAUUCUCACCAAUUGUGGAGAAUGGGAGGAUGCGUUGUCGCCAUUAGCGAGAGCCAGCAGUAGCGAUGAAUGGAUAUCGCAUCAUAGUGGUUCUGAGACCGGCAGCUCGACGUGUUUCCAGAGUCACGAUGACCUGGAUCAGCUUGGCGAGUUUGACGAGGUUAUCGACACGGCCGGUGGUGUGCCUUCUGGGCCAGGAAGAACAUCGGUCUUGGUGAAGAAAAAGAGGGUGCACAAGAGACGGCGCAAGCACAGACGUAAGGAGCCAAGUGGGAACCCGGUGAUAUCAGACCCAAUACCCAUCACCAGGCCGAUCGAAGAGGUCUUGAUACCUGAAGAAGUCUUGUUGAUGCCGACGAUGUUCAAUCCCAACGUGCAAGGCGUUCAGCGCGACACUAGAAAAGAGGCUGCUCAGCAAGAGCUAGCUGACGAUCCGGACAAGAGGGUGUCCGCGCUGAAGAAAGCGAAAGAGGCUGUCUUGAAGCAGCUUGGCAAGGAGUACUGCAGGAACCAUGAGCGAAAAGAAAACGCCAGGGGCUUCUUAAAGAACACGUAUUUAGCCGGCAGGAAGGGGAGGGCGCUUAUGGGUCAUCAUGAGAGUACAGCUCUGGUGCCGUUGAUGUUUAGUCGGUAUUAG